AUGGCUGGUAGUGACCAGAAGCUUGCCACCUUGGCUCUGCUGCUAGCAUUGCUUGGUUGUGUGGCGCACACGUGCGAAGCGAGCUACGGGUUUCCCAAUCCGUUGCUCCGUUUGUCCAAGUUUCUUCCUCCUCCUGCCCCGUCGCUCACCUACGGUCACUACCCCAAGGUCAAGAAUACUUGCUAUGGAGCGGAGACAAUCGUGAGUGACAUUGUAAAGGAGGAGGUGAACCGCGACCGCGGCAUCGGCGCCGGGCUCAUUCGCCUCUUGUUCCACGACUGCUUCGUCCAGGGUUGCGAUGGGUCGGUCCUCCUUGACGUUAGCACCACGCCCAACGAGCCGACCGAGAAGGACGGCAUCCCCAACAGGAGCAGCCUCCGCGGCUUCGAGGUGAUCGACAGGAUCAAGGACGCGCUCGAGGCCACGCCCGGGUGCAAGCGUGUCGUCUCGUGCGCAGACAUCGUCGCCUUUGCUGCGCGUGACGCCACCUACUUCCUCAGCAACGAGACGAUGUACUUCCAUAUGCCGUCAGGCCGCUACGACGGGAAUGUGUCCCUCGCUAGCGAGACCCUCCCUAACCUGCCCCCUCCCUUCGCCAACAUCAUGAUGCUCGAGGCUUUGUUCGCAAACAAGGGCCUCAGCCUCGACGACAUGGUCACCCUCUCCGGCGCACACUCCGUUGGCAUCUCCCACUGCUCGUCCUUCCGUGACCGCCUGCCGCCCAACCCUUCUUCAGACCCCACGGCCAUGAACUCUACGUUGGCCAACUUGGUGACAAGUAAGUGCAGCAGAGGCGACAACCCUACGGUCGAUCAGGACAUCUACACCCCUGGAUACUUGGACAACCAAUACUACAAGAACGUGAUUAACCAUGAAGUGUUGUUGAAAUCAGAUGCCGCGCUCGAGUCGCCCAAGACAAUUGAAUCCGUGAAGCAAAAUGCUAAGUUCUCUGUGGACUGGGAGCAAAAGUUUGGGGAAACCAUGGUGAAGAUGGGCAACAUCGACGUGAAGACCAGCAAGAAUGGGGAGAUCAGACACAAGUGCCGGUCCAUCAACAAGAACUACUCCUAA